AUGGUAGCAAAGUUGGACGAUUACGUGAUUCAACGACGUCUUGCGCCUGCGCUAUUUGGUGAUGUGCUCUUGUGUCAGCAUAAACCCACAGGCGAUCUUGUCGCUGUUAAGCGUGUACUGCAGAGCGCCGCUAAUGCGCAGCUGACGCUCGCUACCAACAAAAAGGUCCGCGAGAAUGUGGCACUAGAGCGUGCACUGUAUCAUCAGCUUAAUCGUGUCGGUGGCCAUUCGAACGUACUAAAACUACGUGACGAGAUUGAAUUCGAUGGCUAUUUGUACCUCGUGUCGGACUUUUGUACACGUGGAGAACUCUACGAGCUUGUAAGCUCUGCAGAAGAUGGCAAACUAGAAUUGCCAGUUAUUCAAAAGUACAUGCGGCAGAUUGCCAGUGGUGUCCAGUUUCUCCAUCUCAAUGGUUUUGCACACCGUGAUCUGUCGUUGGAGAACGUCCUUGUAACGGACGACGAUCAAUGUCAAGUCUGUGACUUUGGACUUGCUACUUCGACUGCUAAAUUCAGUAAGGAGACUGUUGGGAAACUAUUUUACAUGGCUCCAGAAGUACUAGCAGGAAUUCAAUACAAUGCUACCAAAGCUGAUGUCUGGUCCCUCGGUGUCAUGCUGUUUAUUAUGCUCAUUGGUGCACCACCCGUGGAAACAGCGUCAUCAGCGGAUGCAAGAUUCCGACUCAUUAUGAACAAAGGUGUGAGGAAACUCAUUGAUCGAUGGGGACUCACAAAUGAUCUCCCAGCUACUGCUAUUGAUCUCCUCUCGAACAUGCUUGAGGUUGAUCCUGAGCAGCGCAUCUCAAUGGGUGAGGUUGUAUCUCACCCAUUUCUAUUACGUUCCAGCUCCAUUGCUUCUUCGCAGCUGAUUGUGGUGCCAAAAGCUGAGCAGACGCGUGUCGCAUCACCAGUCAAGAUCUCACAGCCUACAGUCUCGUACUCGUCAGUCGUGUCCUCGUCGAGACGUCCCGAGUCGGAUGGCAUUGAACGCAGUGGCUACCGUCUUCUGUUCCAUAAGAUCCACCGCUUCUUCUCCCGCCAUAACAAUAAGCGUGUGAUGGCUUUAAACCAUGACUCGGGAUCUUCUAAACGAGCACAUGCCAAACGCCUGGCACAUGGCGCCUGA